GCGGGGCAUAUUUAUGCAGCGUACACUCUUGGGUGGGCGGAUCGUAGCGGUGACAGCGACGCUCGGAGACUCUAGACAAACUGUCAAAAAGGAGACAACUAACGCCAUGGCGGAGUUAGACUUGAGUCUGAGCGAUGCGCUGACGGACAGCGUUCCCCAGCCCGGCCCGGAGAACAUGGUGCACCGGGACUUUGUGGCUGAGCUGGAGGCGGAGCACUUUGACGAUAAGGUCGGAGAGACGGUGGGAAAGACGGACUACAUCCCGCUGCUGGACAACGAUGACACCAGGGCAGACGCGGGUACUGCAAUGGAGAAUGGAAAGCAGGAAGCUCGUGGGGUGCAAAAGCCUGGUAGUAAACUGACCUCGGGGGGACAGACGGCAGCGUCGCACCCGGAGCCGCAGGGGGAGGUGUGGCCACACUCGCUUGACCAGCAGCAGGCCUUGGCUUCAGACUUCUUAUCAGUCUCCGUGGCAACUUAUUCUAAUCCUCUGGGCUUUCAGACCAGCCCCGCACAAAAGAUGGAUGCUAACCUGAUGGGAGCGUUUUCAGGUUUCUCCCAGCCUGGAGGGAUUGGGAUGAACGUGGAGGUGGGAGCUGCACCCCUUCAAGCAGAAAAGCCUCCAAGUAUUGCAGAUCCCCAGAUUCUCACACCUCCAGCAGGAUCAGUCGCCCCUAAGGAGCACAGCCCCAUGCUGCCCGAACCACAAGCUCCUCGCAGCCCUUUGGAUGUAUCAGCAGGUGCCUUAGGCUGGCCAGACCAGGCUGGCUGCCUGUCGACAGACCUCCCUUUUACUCCAAGUGUCACCACAGUGAUUGCUCGACAUGCCAGCCAUCUUGCAGCCAGCCCUGAGGACCCACCUGACAGUUGGCCUAGCCGUGAGAGCGCUGCCUAUGCUGGAGGCGACGAAAGGGACAGGGAUGGAUCAGACCGAAAACAAAAGAAGAAGAAGAAAAGACGACAGAAAGAUGAGGGAUCCUAUGAACAACUGGAGAGCAAGGGCCACCCUGAGAUGCAAGCACUGGGAGAAAGCACCCGACCAACAGAGGAGUUCUAUCAUAGGAUUGGCCCAAGGAGGGAUAAAGCAGAGGGUGGUUGGGAGGAGCAACUUGGGAAGAGUGGAGGCCGAGGGAAGAAGGGGAAGAGCAGGAAGAAGCUUCCAGAGGAGUGGGGAGUGGCAGAACCAUUUGUUCCUUCAUCUGCUGUGACCUCUAACAUUACAGAGGAGGACAUGAUGGAUCUUGGGAGUUCAACUCUGGACAACCUUGAGGCCUACUUGGCAGAUGAAGAUUCAAGCCAGAGCCCCUGGAAAAAGGAGGUCUACCCAGAUGAAGGCUUGGUAUCUUCCCCUCUGUCUCAGGAUCUUUUCUCCCCAGGAGCGGCUCCCAUUAGCCCACUGGUCCUGAACAGUGAGCUGAAAGCCACAGCAGCUCCGUUUACUAUGCCCUCUACCACCAACGGCAAAUCACUCGGUUCCUUCCCUGUGGCCCCUCCAUGUUGUGACCCAUUUGAUCUCUUGAUGGAAACCGAAAAUGCAAGUCUGGGCAACAGCAAAGAGGCUUUUUCACCACUCUUUUCUCCAGAGAAUGAAGCAGCAGUUGGUAAUCUGGUAGACAGCGGCAUGUUUGACAACAGCAGUUCUCUCCAGGAAUGUUGUGAGCAAGCCACGCCUGAGGCAGACACCUCAGCCUUCAGCCCUGCCACCCAGCCAAGCCCAAAUUGUUCCCCUGAAGGUGAGGUGUUAGCCUCAGCACCACCUCUCUCGCCAUCUGAUGCUUCAUGGGUUCUGAACAGCUCAAAUAUGAGCAGCAACAGCGAUUUAUUUAAUUUUGCUGACAUGGGUGCGCUAGGUCAUCCUUUACCCUUAGGCCUAAACUUCGACACCCCAAGCCCAGCACCUCUCCGUUCCCCAAAAACUACGGCACAGGAAUUCCAAGCCAGAGAGCUCAAAGAAGGCAAAUCAUCCCCAAAACAAUCCAAGAAACCACGCUCUUCAUCUUCUUCAUCCUCUGUUAAGAGUCCAACCUCCCCAGAAGCUAAAAGGUUCUCUCCAAUGGCAUCGCCUGUCACCAGCCCCUCUUCCCCUCCAUCGGUCCCCCCUCUGGCAGUUCCAGGAUCUGGUCUUAAUCCUGCAGCUAAGCCCUUCUUUCCCAGCUUUGCUGAUCCCAUGGAAGAACCAGCUGUGGCCAAUCAAGAUGUUCCUCUCGUUGAAGGUUGGUUGUAGUCACCCCUGGACAACGUAGAAAUACAUAAAGUAAC